AAUUGUCAAAGAUAGCAGUUAGUGAGUUGAUGAUUAGUUAACGGCUGCAACUAAUUGUAAGGAGCAUAUCAAUCAGUCAAUGAUACAAGAAAUUCCUUCUUUAUAUUCUCUCUCUCUUUCUUCCUCCUCCUCCUUCUUCUUCUACUGUUCCUCCUUAUUUGAUCCGUCUUCUUCUACCCUUUCUUCUAUUUCCUUCCCCUUUUCCUCUGUUUUCUGCUUGGUUGUGGCCUAGUCACAACAUUUGGUAUCAAAGCCAUAAGAUACUGUUUUGGGUGUCCUACUAUCGUGAUAAUUUACAAACUAGCAAGGAAUAACAAGAAAGCUAUGGCUGCUGAGAACCCAAGAUUACAAAAUCUGCAAGAGCAGUUGCAGUCACAGAAUCAAAAGAUUCAAGAAUUGAGUUUGACCUUGCACAAGGUUGAAGAAAGGAUGAAUCAGAUGAUGGAGAUGAUGAGAGCCUCGCAAGAAAACGAGAGGAGGCAAGCAGAAGUUGCUCGCUAUAGGGAGAAGUAUCCUGAUAAAAUACGUGUAAUUGUGGAAAAGGCCGGAAGGAGUGAUGUUCCUGAUAUUGAUAAGAAGAAGUUAGUAGCAUUCUUUCUUUCUUCAUACUCUCUCCAGUUUCACAUUCUCUUCCACAUCUUUGUUACACAAGGAAGUUGUUACACUUCAGGAACUUCUUAUUAUAUAUUCUGCAGUAAUAAGGCCUUCUCUAGUUGUAUAUUCAUUCAAUUUUCAGCACUGUAGUUAUUUCUUUGUUGCUGUGCGUAUUUUAGUUUUGGAAUGCAUAUGGCGUUGCCUAUUGUCAUAGGCUUGAGGUAGUAUUUUCACACCAUUUGUAUGCUUUUGGUUAAAUAUUGUGAGUCUUAGCAGCAGUGGUAUUUUUUAUGGUGAGAUUUUUGCUUCCAGUUGGUCCACAACUGUUGGUGGUGGACAUUGAACAGGUAUUUGGGGAAUAAACUCUAGUAAUAUAGGACAUGGGAUUGUGGAGAUUUACACUAAGCUAUAUGUUUUGCUUUCUUUCUUUUUCUUUUCUUUUUUUUUUUUUUUUUGGGACAAGGUGGUAAUAUUGAUUAACAUAAAGUAAAAGAUGUUGAUGAACGACAGAAUGUGAAUAUAGUUCAAAUCAUUCGAGCAAAGCUAACAAUGGUUUCACACUUUCACUUGGAAAUCAGCAUAUAUAAAUGGUUCCUAUCUAGUUAUAAGGCUCAUUUGGCACAUGUUUUAUAUGAGGUAUAUCUAUUAUGGAUGCAAGUUAAACUGCAUAUGUGCACGACAAACUUGGGUUUUUAUGUCUAUGUAGGUUUGCUUGGUGCUUUUUCAUUUGUUGAUUCAAAGAUAUGAUUUGGCUUCCGCACAUGCAUGCCAAAUAUAGGGCCUAACAAUUUAAUAUCGGAUGUAAUUAUGAAGUUUCUUUGUCUACAUUUACUUUUACAUUAUAGAGAUCAUUGAAUGGCAUUUCUAACUCAAUUUGAUUUCAACUCUACUGUAUACUGUCUUUCCUUUAAUUUUUCUCUUUAUUGUGAAUUCAGAUAUCUUGUGUCAGCUGAUUCUACUGUGGGGCAGUUUGUCCAUGUUAUCCGUGAAAGGAUUAAGCUUGGUGCUGAAAAGGCUAUAUUUGUGCAUAUAAAGAACAUUUUAACUCCAAUUG